AUAACGCCUGAGUCACGUGGCUCUAGAUUAAGUGAAGGUCGUGAAGGAGAAGCAACCUUUUUGUCGCCGGGGUCUGAUUCCGGCCGACAUGUUGAGUAGCAGCGUCCGCCGGUUCGGCACCUCCGCCCUUCGGCGGAUGCAUUACGAGGAGGGCCCGGGAAAGAAUCUCCCAUUCUCUGUCGACAACAAAUGGAAAUUGUUACUCGGAACCUUUAUCUUUACCAUAACUGGUAUUGGUGGUCCCUGUUUUAUUGUAAGGCAUCAGCUGCUUAAGCAGUGAAAAUGUUAUAACAGAUUAAGAAGAAAGAACUGAAUGAAAUU